AUGGAUAGUAGAGGAAGCACCACCGUAAUAAGAUCGUAUGAUUGUGUGUUUUGCCAAAGAGGGUUCACCACGGCUCAAGCUUUAGGAGGGCACAUGAAUAUCCAUAGAAAAGAUAGAGCAAACCCUACUACAAAAUCUAAUAUAAUUAGUGCUAACCCUAAUUAUAAUAAGGAGCCUACUAAUAAUAACACUAUACUAAUUAGCAAUCAUAACAAAGAAAUGUUGUUAGAAGAAGAGGAAGAGGAGGAUUAUGAGGUUAAUCAAGUUGUUGAUACAAGAUUAGUCUACUCUUCUAACAACUAUUUAAACUCUCAAAACCAUCAUAUUAACAACGGGUCGGGUGGCCCGAGUUUUGAGGGUCGGGUUCAUCGGUUUCUCGGGUCGUCGGAGAAGUCGUCGUCGUCGUGGGCCGAUCAUAACCCGAGCUUGCGUGGCGGUUCGGGUCAUAUGGUUGGGAAGAGGGUUCAAGAUCAUGACCAUGGUCAUAGCCAUGAGGGUGAAGAGUUGGAUCUUGAGCUUCGUCUUGGUCAAUACUCAUGGUAA